UGUGUUUGGGGGCGGCCUCUGAUGUUCGGUCACUCCCCCUUCCCUUUGGGGUUAGUGUGCUUGUGUUUAGUUUCCCAGAGAUCGUCAAAUCGGAUUCCUUAGGGAAAGGACACACAAAUCACUCCCAUUUUAACAAGGGGGAACAACUCGGGAACGGGCAACCACAAGGGUCCCCACCUCUCUUCCUAGAUCCCCGAUUCUCAUUCAUUUGCCGCUUUUUAACAGCGAAAGAUCUGUGGUGGGAAGAAAAAAGAAAGAGAGAGGGGGAAAAAGAACUUGUCUGUGGAGGAUGACACUUGAUCUAACAGUCUGAGAGCUGUAGUUGAUCCUAUUGUUUCUUAAACUGACAUCAGAGCUUUUUUUUAUUAAGCCUCUUUCUUAACGCAGAAGGGACACCGGGCAAGGCAAGAGCGUGUUUCUUCCUCGACACUCAAUGUGCAAUACACAUCAUUUUUUGUGAUUCUUGUUCGCCUGUGCUUUUGUCUGUUGUACCUAACCCUGGAUUGUGACAGCUUGGUUUUCCUCCGGCUAUUUUCUACCUGUUUUUUAUCUUCAUUUUUUGGUGAAAAAAAAAAACAAUCUAUAUUUGAAAGACAUCAAAAAAUAAUACGACCACGUAUCUCCAACGUACCAAGAGCUAUCUAGUCCAUCACCCACCACGGCUCUGAGCCAUUCACCGGUGUUCUGAAGAAAACGAGGUCGGAAAUUAGACGAAGAGGUGGGAUAAGCCAACAAAAAAAAACAAAACAACGACCGCAACAACAGUAAGGCUGUUUUCAUGUUUGGGAUUCAGGAAAGCAUUCAAAGGAGUGGGAGUAGUAUGAAAGAGGAGCCCAUCGGUUCAGGCAUGAACGCCGUCCGAACGUGGAUGCAGGGAGCGGGCGUGCUGGACGCGAACACUGCCGCACAAAGUGGAGUCGGUCUAGCCCGGGCGCACUUCGAGAAACAGCCGCCUUCCAACCUGCGAAAAUCCAACUUCUUCCACUUCGUGUUGGCUUUGUACGACAGGCAGGGACAGCCCGUGGAGAUAGAAAGGACGUCUUUUCUCGGCUUUGUAGAAAAGGAGAAGGAAUCUAAUGGCGAGAAAACGAAUAACGGGAUUCAUUAUAGACUACAACUGCUCUACAGCAAUGGUAUCAGGACAGAGCAAGACUUCUAUGUCCGGCUGAUUGACUCUAUGACCAAACAGGCUAUUAUUUAUGAAGGUCAAGACAAAAAUCCCGAAAUGUGCCGAGUUCUACUGACACACGAAAUCAUGUGCAGCCGCUGCUGCGACAAGAAAAGCUGUGGCAAUCGGAACGAGACGCCCUCGGAUCCCGUGAUCAUCGACAGGUUUUUUCUGAAAUUCUUCUUGAAAUGCAACCAGAACUGCCUAAAGAACGCUGGAAACCCCCGGGACAUGCGCAGGUUCCAGGUGGUGGUGUCCACGACGGUCAACGUGGACGGGCACGUCCUGGCUGUGUCCGACAACAUGUUCGUGCACAACAACUCCAAGCACGGCCGGAGGGCUCGGAGGCUCGAUCCCUCUGAAGGUACGCCCUCUUAUCUGGAACAUGCCACGCCCUGCAUCAAGGCCAUCAGCCCCAGCGAGGGCUGGACGACAGGGGGCGCCACCGUCAUCAUCAUCGGGGACAACUUCUUCGACGGCCUGCAGGUCAUAUUCGGAACCAUGCUGGUCUGGAGCGAGCUCAUCACCCCUCAUGCCAUCCGAGUGCAGACGCCCCCCAGACACAUCCCAGGGGUGGUGGAAGUCACCUUGUCCUACAAGUCCAAGCAGUUCUGCAAGGGGACUCCCGGGCGGUUCAUCUACACAGCCCUGAACGAGCCCACCAUCGACUACGGUUUCCAGCGGUUACAGAAGGUCAUCCCCAGACAUCCCGGCGACCCGGAGCGUUUACCAAAGGAAGUGAUUCUGAAAAGAGCCGCAGAUCUGGUUGAGGCGCUGUACGGCAUGCCCCACAACAAUCAGGAGAUCAUCUUGAAGCGGGCAGCAGACAUCGCAGAGGCCUUGUACAACGUGCCCCGGAACCACAACCAGCUGCCCGGCCUGGGCAACACGUCUGUCCACGCCGGCAUGAUGGGCGUCAACUCCUUCACCGGACAGCUCGCCGUCAACGUGUCCGAGUCCUCGCAGGCCGCCAACCAGGGCUUCAGCCGGAACACGAGCAGUGUGUCGCCCCACGGUUACGUGCCCAGUACCACGCCCCAGCAGACCAACUACAGCUCCGUCACCACCAGCAUGAACGGCUACGCCAACACCGGCAUGUCCAAUCUCGGCGGCUCCCCCAGCUUCCUCAACGGCUCCGCCGCCAACUCGCCCUAUGCCAUUGUGCCCUCCAGCCCCACGAUGGCGUCCUCCACCAGCCUGCCUUCCAACUGCAGCAGCUCCUCGGGGAUCUUCUCCUUCUCCCCCGCCAACAUGGUGUCGGCCGUCAAGCAGAAGAGCGCCUUCGCCCCCGUGGUGCGACCCCAGACCUCGCCCCCGCCGACGUGCACCAGCGCCAACGGGAACAGCCUGCAAGAUCAGUCUUUUGUGGACUCUAGCAAGUACUCCACUGCCGGCUCUCUGCAGGGCCUGGCCUUCUCCUGAACUAUUCCCGGGAUGAUAGUUCCUCCAAUGUAGAAGAUUUGUGUACGAAGAACAGCAGGAAUUUGAAGAGACGAAUUGGUGUAACUCCGGAAUCGAGCUCACUGGCGAGAAGUGGAACUUUUAACUCAGGCCUUUUCAAAAGGAAUCACAUUAAAAAAAAGGAAAACGAACAAUUGCAGCAAGUUUUUUUUUAAAAAAAAAUCUCUAGACCUUGUAGAAACCCGUGAGAAAGGGGAUACAAGGAUGGAGCUGACAUUUUAAGCCCCAUAUGUACAUGUGGGACUAAUAUUUAUUCUUUCUGAGGAAAAGAUCUGCUUUUCCAUUUUUUUUUUCUUGUAUGGAUUUUAAUUUCAGCAAUCAUAUGCCUUUUUUAUAAACUGUAACAUACACCCGGGACACUAUAUGACAGUUGUGUGUUUAUUUAUGUUUAUAAAAGCAGUGCAUGUGGAAAAAGGGGGAAAGAUGGUUUUAGUGAUAGUGAAGGGGAAGAUAGUGGACAUUUUCAGUAGAGACUAGGGCCUGUAAUGGAAUUGUAACCUUUUAAAAAAGUAAGGGUCACCUGUCACAAGCCUUUUAGCCACCUAAACCAGAAAGCAGGUACAGCAUUUAGUAUGUUAAAUAAAUGCUCUAAAAAUUGCUUCAAUAGCCAGGUAAGACAAAGACUCUUUUCUUCUAGAAAAUUAGAUCCCUAAGAUUCUUGGUGCACACAGUGAUGUAGUAACCGCAAGUGCUAGACUCGUCUUCCCCCUAACAGAUUGUUCCUCAGAUGUAUUGCUGUUAUUCCCUCCAUCAGAAAGCCGGUAUUUCUGGCGUGAAAGUCGCAGCACAAGGCACUAACCCGGGCUGCGGACUGGCCAAUUUCGAGACCCAGUUAAUCUCAACAGAACGAUUAUUUAAUAUGAUUUUAACAGCCUGCAGACAGACUGGGUGUUACAUUCUCGUUCUUUCUUUUUUAAGAUAGCGUGCUAGGUGUCGUUCAUGUUCGUCAGCCUGCGGGAACAGUACAUUCAUACAGUGUGGGAAUGACACAUGGAGUGCGCCUUUGUCAGCGGUGAAGCCGACGCCGGCACCGCAAGGCACUCUCCGCCUCCUGCGGCCUCGGGGUUAGUGUGAGCGCCCUUGCGGCCUCUCCGCUCCCGGAGUCCCGCCGCUUCGCCCGCUGCCCUGCCUUCGAUUCGGUUUUAAACCCGGACUCCUAGCACUUCCGGUGGAUCUACUGUGCGUGACAAGAACGCCCGCCCCCAGAAAAAACAACAACAAACUUACUCGAUCAAACGAAUAAUUAUAACAGGUGAAAUUAUAAACUCGAAUUGGAAUGAAAAGACCUUGAUGUACAAUAUUUUUGCUGCUACCCAGUGCAGGAAUAUCAAUGAAAAAAAUGUUUUCAGGGGAUUUGUUGCCAUUUAACUUCCAUGAUAUAUAAUUUAGAGCUUUUAUAUUUUUAGUCGUUUGCAGAUGACUUUUGUUAAAUGUGAUGCUGUUUUUUUUUAUAUAAGAUCGUGACCGUGUGAGUUGGCCUUUACUUUUCUGCAGCUUAUUAUGUCUAUAAUAAGACAACCCAGCGAGGGAAAUGAAAAAAAAAACAACCUUUUGUGGGAUUUUUUCAGCCAUCUUCGAGUGAAAAUGAAAGGUUUCUUGGUGUUUGUGAAGGAGCAGAGGCUUCUGACAUGACGAAUGACUGAAUUUUUAACCAGCACUGUAUUCAACGGCUCUUAAAACAUGUCAGAGACCCAGCAAAUAUCACAAUUGUUUCUAUGUAGUUGUUGUUUUUAAUUUUGUAUGUAGUUACGAAUAUAGUAUUUGGUGACUUUAUUUUUUUUUUGCCAAAGUCAUUGUUGAAAUCUAUUUAUACAUUUUUAAUGUCUUAAGGCAGCUUUUUCAGUAUUGUGUCACAGAUGUUUUCAUUUUUACUGCGUGUUAAAGAUCUCGCCGCCCUUAGCUUCGAAUACAGCAAUGAAAGAAAUUAAAACCUAAUUAAAACUAAAACGUGAUUUUGGAUAUAAAAGGGGGAAAUUUUGUAAAAUAUCCAUAUAAAUAAUGUAUUUAUCUCUGGAAUUUGUACAUUGUUCUUCUCCCCUAUCUUAUUUUUAAGUGUGUAUGUUUUUGCUACGUGAUAAAAGUGCCGACUCGUUUAGUUUUGUCAUCCUCGAUUGUUCUCGCUGUUUAAAUGUGACUUUGAUGUUAUUUUCACUUGUACUUUUUGUUUUUUUUGUAUUGUUUGAAAAGCCAUGCUUCCAUUUUUUUAUUUCCAUCCAAAACAAAAGCCAUUG